AUGGUGAAAAUUAUGAUAAUCCUCGCUGUUUGUGUUGCGCUGGCAGUGGCACAUCCACAACGUUACGGAGGCCAUGGCGGCGGUCAAGGUGGCCACAAUAGUCACGGUGGUCGAGGUGGUGGUCAUGGCGGACAACAAGGAGGCUAUGGCGGCGGUCAAGGCGGCUACGGUAGUCACGGUGGUCGUGGUGGUGGCCAUGGUGGACAGCAAGGAGGAUUUGGUGGUAGCUAUCGUGGCGUAGGUGGCGGUGGCAGCCAAGAUGGUCGUGGCGGUCAGAUAAUCCUCGCUGUAUGUGUUGCGCUGGCAGUAGCACAUCCACAUGGUUACGGAGGCGGUGAAGGCCGUGGUGGACAGCACGGUGGUAGCCAAGGUGGUGGCCAUGGCGGACAGCAAGGAGGACUCGGUGGCAGUCAAGGUGGUGGCUACGGUGGCAGCCACGGUGGUGACCACGGUGGCAGCCAAGGUGGUGGUCACGGUGGCAGCCAAGGUGGUCGCGGCGGUGGACAUUAUUGA